AUCGUGCCUUUGUGCAAUUUUGACACUAUCCAAACCUGGCGCAAACAAUACAACAUCCAAAGCUUCUACGAUGAUAUCGUUGUCGAUUAUUACGAGGAAUCAAGAAAAAUGUAUCCUCAGUGGAUUGGUCGACGGGACAAAAAUGGUUGCGCCAUCUACAUAUUCCCAAUGCGACACCUGACCAUCAAGCGAUUGGACGCACACUUCAAGAAAAUAUCUGUAUCCACCCACAUCGUCGAUGUGAGCGGAGUGAGCAUCCGCCAGUUUUUGGGCAUUCGGAAAUAUCUCCAAGAGGCGAGCGCGACGGCGACAGCGCACUAUCCAGAGACCCUCGGUAGAGUAUUUGUACGUCCCCCAACCACUGAAAUAUAUGUCAAUGGUUUGACCUCGUCACUCGAUCAAAACUCUGAUGCUGAGUCAACUCUAAACUCUCUUAUCAAUCCACUUGAUUUGCCGAAAGCUUACGAUGAUGGCCCCGCGAGAGAAUUGAUGGUGAAAAUGCCUUGGGAUCAGGAUACUGUUGAGGGACAAGUGUUUCCAAAAGGGCCCAUUAUCUUUGGUAAAGGUUGCAUUAGGCUUCUGGGGACCAUUGAUGGGAAGCCAAGAUGUGAUAACUAA